AUGUGGAUUCUGCCCUUGGUCGGAUACCUAGGCUUAAUCGUGGGAUUCCUAUUUCUCACCCUCGCCAUAGCGUCGGGCCUCUACUAUCUCUCUGAGCUUGUCGAAGAACACACCGUGCUCGCCCGCCGUCUCCUCUCACGUAUGAUAUACUUCAUAAUAACACUGCAUGUCCUCCUCUGGCUUGUCGACCAGCUCCCCUUCAGUCUCUGCACCCUCAGCAUCAUCUCCCACUUCAUUUACGCUACCAAUCUUCGCCACUUCCCCGUCGUCAAGCUCACAGACCCCAUAUUCAUAACCUCGUGCCUCCUGGUCGGCCUCAACCACUGGCUUUGGUUCCGCUACUUCUCGAACCCAAUAUCAACCCAGUCAUCCUCCAUGCCCUGGUCCAAAGAUGCGGAUAGAAAUAGCCGACAGCCUUACCACUACGGCUCGAUGACGGACCUACCGUCGUUUACAGAAGUGGCGUCCUAUUUCGGGCUGUGCGUGUGGCUGGUUCCAUUCGCGCUGUUCGUCAGCCUGAGCGCGGGCGAGAAUGUGCUGCCAAGUAUGGGCUCUGAGUAUGCGACUGGGGCCACAGCGGCGUCAUCGCGGGCUGAUCAGGACGGGAAACUGAAGAGCAAGGGUAUGGCCAAAGCGUUGGUAGGUGGUGUGAGGGAGUGGAUGGGAGAUGCGGGUGAGCUCAUGGGAUUUUGGAGAGGAGAGAAGACGAGGACAUUUUGA